UAUUUACAGACCCACCUCCACAUUUUACACUGUUUGAGGCUUUUCCCAUUCCCCCUUUCCCCCAUCGAUUCACAAACACAACAGAAGCGAAGUCUGUUCUGUUCAGAGAGAAGGAGAGCAAUGGCAGAGCAUUUGGCUUCCAUAUUUGGGACAGAGAAGGACAGGGUGAAUUGCCCUUUCUACUUUAAGAUAGGGGCGUGCAGGCAUGGAGAUCGCUGCUCCAGACUCCACACCAAGCCCAGCGUCAGCCCAACCCUCUUGCUCUCCAACAUGUACCAGAGGCCCGAUAUGAUCACUCCCGGCGUCGACGCUCAGGGCCAGCCCAUCGACCCCCCCCCGAUCCAAAGACACUUUGAGGAAUUUUAUGAGGAUCUGUUUCAAGAGCUGAGUAAGUACGGUGAUAUUGAAAGUCUGAAUGUCUGUGACAACCUAGCCGACCACAUGGUGGGCAAUGUGUACGUUCAGUUUAGGGAGGAGGAACAUGCUUCAAAUGCACUUCGGAACCUAAGUGGAAGAUUUUAUGCUGGUCGUCCUAUCAUUGUUGACUUUUCACCAGUGACAGACUUCCGUGAAGCCACCUGCAGGCAGUAUGAGGAGAAUACAUGCAACCGUGGUGGAUACUGCAAUUUUAUGCACUUGAAAAGGAUCAGCAGGGAAUUGAGGCGUGAGUUAUUUGGGAGCUAUCGGAGAAGGCAUAGCCACAGUCGAAGCAGGAGUCGAAGCCCUUACAGGCAUCGUAGCUAUGAAGAGCGCUCUCAUGGGAGCCGUGGUCAUAGCAGAAGGUAUGAUGAUGAGGAUCGCUAUCCUGAAAGCUGGAGCCGAAGGAACAAGACCGUUAGCCCUGGUGGAAGGAGAGGACACAGUAGAAGCAGAAGCCCUGAUGGAAGGAGAGGGCGCAGUAGAAGCAGAAGCCCUGGAAGGAGAAGAAACCGUAGUCCAGUUAGAGAAGGCAGUGAGGAGAGACGGGCCAAGAUUGAGCAGUGGAACAGGGAAAGAGAACAAAAUGAAAAUUCUAGCAAUUAUGAGCAUGCACAAAUGGAAAAUCAGUACAAAUGGUGAGGAGCAAUAGCAACCUGCAGAGAAAGGAGGGUGGUGUGCAGGUUCACACUUCUGUGAUAUGCAAUUGAAAUGCCUUUACAAUUUUUAAUCUCAUACAUAUUGUGUGACUGUGUGCUUUCUGUAUGAUAUGUCUCUGUAAACCCUUCCCCUGCUGCCCUAGUUCUGUACUCUUCGCUUCAACCAGUCUCUUCAAACAACUCCCUUCAUCAUUUUGGACUUCGUCCUUUGUACAAAGCUAUUGAUUAUUCAACUUAGAUAAGCAAUGACAAAGUGAGGCAAAGGAAAGAAAUAUUGAGGAUAGGGAGAAAAUCUAGAGUUAGGAGAACAAUUAAAGUCUAGUUAAUAUUCUCAAUUACAACACCAAUCUUCCCCUAGGCAAUAAAAUGUGUAAAUACCAUAGUGUAGUAGGAGGCUUGAAUAAUUAGACCCCAAAUUGUUAAAACUUAAUUUGAUUAAGUACUUAGCUUCCAAAAAUUCCGGAACUAAAUAAAAUAACUUCUCGUUAAUUACUUAUCUUGUGCUUGUGUCUAAAAUAAGCACAAAUGUUCUCACAUCUAACUGUCAUCACAAAGCCAGCUCCUCAAUAAGAAUUUUUGGCUGGGGCCGUAGGGGAUGAUUUCAGCUGACUAUAACAUCUCUCUUUCUAUCUUUCUUGUUCAAUCAAGACGACAAUGGUUUUUAUUUUUUGUUCUUAUUUAGUUUCAUGGAAGCCAAUCCCCAGUUGAUACUUUGCAUCUGUGUGAAAUUUGUUUGCUUGUUUUGCAUGCAUUCAUGAUUUACAGUCAGAAGUUCUGUGACCACCACGAAUCAAGAGUAGUGAACGAUCGAAUAUCAUGGUUCUGUCUUGGGUUUUGUUUUCUUCUCCCCUUUUAGCAUUAUUUUUUUGUUUCAAUUAGUAAAAGUCACGAUCUUACAUUCUUUACAAGUUUUGCAGGUUCAGGUAUCCCUGCUUCUAAGGUCCGAUCCUAUUUAUUUUCAUUGCAGCUUACAAUGGAAUUUGUGUACAGGUUGCUGGUGCAGUGUAUCAGGAUUCAGGAGAAUGGGGUUAUACGAUAUUUCAGGUUUCAAUUCAGAAGUGUGAAAGUAUAUUCCUAUUCCAUCACUCAAACGACUGAUGUAGGUUAUUACUGUUGGUAGGUCAUUGCUGUUGGUCGAUUGUAGUAGGCUAAUCAUAAUGCAGGUUUAGUGUGGCAUCCAAAAUCUUUUGUUGUUGGACCAGUUGUAUUGUCAUAUUUGGAAUUGUACAAGCAUUAAAAUCUUGACUGGAUA